CAAGUAUCUCAAUUCCUACUAUGUUAAGUGAAAAAGAAAAUGACUUAUAACGUCCGAUUGCUGGCUUUUCUCAUGACAACCAAUGCAUACAUACCUAUUGUCCACCAGAAUGCAAACGAUUUGAAUUGAUUUGAUUUUGUAGGGUCUAAAAUAAAUUACACAGUACAUAAAAAUUGAUCUCACGCCACUUAACCCAACCCCCUUGUUGUCCACGCGGACCACGCCAGAUUACAUAUAUGGUAACGCUCUUACCCCUUGUCCACGCCACCUUAUAUUACGCUCAUAAACCCUUUGUCUGUCAUCAAUAUCACAAAACCCUCUUCACUUUUCUUCUCUCACUAUACAUAUACUAAUACUACCCACAAUGUCUGCCUUCAAGAGCAAAUACCAAGAUGAACUCAUUGCCAAUGCUGCUUACAUCGGCAGCCCAGGGAAGGGUAUCCUUGCCGCUGAUGAAUCAACUGGUACAAUUGGGAAGCGUUUGGCCAGCAUUAAUGUUGAGAAUGUUGAAACAAACAGGCGUGCUCUCCGUGAACUCCUUUUCACCACCCCUGGUGCUUUUGAGUGUCUCAGUGGUGUGAUUUUGUUUGAGGAAACUCUUUAUCAAAAGACAGCUGCAGGAAAACCUUUCGUAGAGUUGUUGAAGGAAGGAGGAGUUCUUCCUGGCAUUAAGGUUGACAAGGGCACUGUAGAGCUAGCUGGAACCAAUGGGGAAACCACCACCCAAGGUUUGGAUGGCCUUGGUCAGCGUUGCCAAAAGUACUAUGAAGCUGGCGCCCGAUUCGCGAAGUGGCGUGCUGUCCUCAAGAUUGGUCCCAACGAGCCAUCUGAGCUGGCUAUCCACGAGAACGCCUAUGGUCUAGCUCGCUACGCUGUCAUAUGCCAAGAAAAUGGCUUAGUUCCUAUAGUCGAGCCCGAAAUCCUCGUAGAUGGAUCUCAUGACAUCAACAAGUGUGCCGAGGUGACUGAACGUGUUCUGGCUGCAUGCUACAAAGCUUUAAACGAUCAUCAUGUUCUGCUGGAAGGCACCCUUUUGAAGCCUAACAUGGUCACCCCUGGUUCAGAUUCUCCAAAGGUUUCCCCCGAAGUUAUAGCCGAGUAUACCGUUAAAGCUUUGCAGCGAACCGUUCCGGCUGCCGUUCCUGCUGUCCUGUUCUUAUCUGGUGGACAGAGUGAGGAGGAGGCAACACUCAAUCUCAAUGCCAUGAACAAGUUGAAUGGAAAGAAGCCGUGGGGACUUUCUUUCUCUUUUGGAAGAGCACUUCAGCAGAGUACUCUCAAGGCAUGGGCUGGGAAAGAUGAAAACAUUAAGAAGGCUCAGGAUGCAUUCAUCUCCAGGUGCAGGGCUAACUCACAUGCAACUUUGGGAACCUAUAAAGGUGAUGCUACCCUGGGUGAAGGUGCCUCUGAGUCUCUCCAUGUCAAGGAUUACAAAUACUAAGGUACUAAAGGUAGUGAGCUUUUUUGGGAGAGAUUUUUGUGCUAUUGGCAUCAACAUUAUAAGAGCUUUAUUAUGGAUUGAAGAAUAAUCACUCCAAGCUAUAUUGGCUUGGUAUCAGCCCUUUUCGGUUCUUUUUUAUUUAAUUUGCUUCUGUUUUUCUCUCUGAUUGAGUUUUGCCCUUUAAUAUUAUCAGGUGACACUUCUUAGUAUUGAUACCACUAAUCGUAGUAUUUUUUUUCCUUUGGCUGA